UUUCCACGAAUUUAUUCUCCUACAUCAUACAAAACCUCAAAACCAUUUCCUACAUUGCAAUUUGCAAUCUCCCAAACACUCCCCUCCAUAAAAUCCCAUUGCAAUAUACACUAUCAUGUUCAUGUCCAUCUCCCACCUUCCAUUUCCAUCAGUUGCACUCCUUUUUCUAUCUUUCUCAAUCGUUCUUCAUCUUUUUCUACGUGGAAUCACAUACCUAAUCCGAAUCCCUGAUCAUGGCCCACCAACAUACCCCUUUCUAGGGUGUUUGAUCUCUUUCUACAAAAACAAACACCGUCUCUUAGAUUGGUACACCCGCAUGCUGGCCCACUCACCAACUCAAACGAUCGUGAUCCACCGACUCGGCGCUCCACGGACGAUCAUAACCGCUAAUCCAGACAAUGUAGAGUACAUUCUCAAAACCAAUUUCGACAAUUUCCCUAAAGGUGGACCGUUCAUCGAGAUCCUCAAAGACCUUCUCGGCCGUGGAAUAUUCAACGUUGAUGGUGAGCUCUGGCACACCCAGCGCAAGUUAGUGAGCCAUGAAUUCACCACACGAUCUCUACGGGAAUUCGUAGUGAAGAUUCUUGAAGUUGAAGCCAACGAGAGGUUAUUACCGAUCUUGGAAUCCGCAUGUGUGAAACAUCAGCCGUUGGAUUUGCAGGAUUUGUUUAGGAGGUUCGCGUUCGAUACUAUAUGUAAUGUCUCGUUGGGAUUAGAUCCAGGUUGCUUGAAACCUUCAUUGCCAGCAUCAGAUCUUGCAAAUGCCUUCGAUGUAGCGUCGGAGAUAAGUGCGAGGCGAGCCGCAGCACCGGUUUUUGCCGUGUGGAAGUUGAAACGAGCCAUGCGUAUUGGGUCUGAGAGACGGCUCAAGGAAGCGAUUGAGCUCGUGCAUGGUUCAAUCAUGGAGAUGAUCCAUCAAAAGAAGCUCGAAAAUCAUGAAGAAGGAAAGAAUAAAGAUCUUCUGUCUAGAUUGAUAUUGGACGGUCACGAUGAAGAGGUGAUACGAGAUAUGGUCAUAAGCUUUGUGAUGGCUGGCCGAGAUACGACAUCCGCGGCAUUGACAUGGUUCUUCUGGUUAAUCUCAUCACACCGAGAAAUAGAAAAUGAGGUAGUGAAGGAAGUGAUGAUAGCUUCGGAAGGGGAUGAACGGUUGGAUUAUAGCUCACUUAAAGAUAUGUGGUUGCUGGAUGCGUGUUUAUGUGAAACCAUGCGUCUGUAUCCACCGGUUCCGUGGGACUCAAAACAUGCGGCCGGCGAUGAUAUGCUCCCAGAUGGGACCCACGUCAGGAAAGGUGAUCGAGUCACGUACUUCCCUUAUGGGAUGGGGAGGAUGGAGAGUGUGUGGGGAAAGGAUCGAUUGGAAUUCAGGCCACAACGAUGGUUUGGAUCGACGGUGGAUGGAACGCCUGUGAAGGUUUCACCGUACAAGUUCCCGGUUUUCCAAGGUGGGCCACGGGUCUGUCUUGGGAAGGAGAUGGCUUUCAUACAUAUGAAGUAUGUCGCUGCAUCGAUGAUCAGACGGUUCGAGAUUAGGCCAGUGGGCCAUGAUCAGCCAAUCUUCGUGCCGCUCUUGACCGCUCAUAUGGACGGUGGGUUCAAGGUUAUGGUGCGAAAGAGGAGCUUAUGAUCUAAAUUCGGAUGGAUUGGUUGAUUUAGUGGCCCACCUCAUGAGCAGUGGGAAUACUGCAUCUACGGUAUGGAUUAAAUCCAAAGCGUUUAAAACAAUAG